CUUCUCCCAGCCGCCCCGCGCUCCCUAACGGAGCAGAUACCCGUCCCCGCCGACGGAGGCUGCUGCUGCUUGCGGGUCUCGUCCGGGCGUCGAAAGGAAAAGGCAGCGACUAGCCUUGCCCCGAGCUGAGCUGCUUGCUUCUCCGGAAGCUUGGGAAGGAGGGGGACUACAGAGGGGCCGUCCUUGCAGUUCAUGUUUCGUCAGCCCGACAGCAUUUUGGCUUUGAUUCCAUCUUGCUCCUACCUGUUCCUGGACAGUGACGGGGAGGAGAAAGGGCACCGUCCCACCAUGUCUCGUUACAGCCUCCAUAAUCUCCUGGACUGGAUGUAUGGGGGUGUGGACCCCAGCUUUGCUGGCAACGGAGGGCCAGAAUGCGCGGCCUUUCUCUCUGGGCAGCAGCGCUUUCUGGAGAGUUUGGUCUUCCUCAGUGUGGGCGUCGUGGAGAUCCUUCUGUCCCUGUGGAAGCUCAGGCAGCUGCAUUUCAGGGAGCUGGAGGGUCAUCUGCUGCAGCAGCCCCAGACUAAGCAGGAGAGCUUGGGCAAGAAUGUGCUGCUGGUGGUGCUCUGUCUCAUCUUUGGGCUGGAGGUGGGCUUCAAGUUUGCCACCAGGACUGUCAUUUACCUCCUGAAUCCCUGUCAUGUGGUCACGAUGAUGCAGAUUUUUCUUCUUGCCUGUCCUCCAUGUCGGAUUGCGAUGAUUCUCUUCAGGUUGCAGAUGCAUAUGCUGAAUGGGGCCCUCUUGGCAUUGCUGUUUCCUGUUGUUAAUACACGCCUGCUUCCAUUUGAAAUGGAAAUUUAUUACAUCCAGCAUGUGAUGCUUUAUGUUGUGCCCAUCUAUCUGCUGCGGAAAGGAGGUAUCUACACUCCAGAACCACUCUGCAAUUUCUGGUGGGCUCUUUUAUCCACGGGGUUUAUGUUUGUGUAUCAUUUUAGCAUCUUGCAGAUUCUGGGAUUGGUUACAGAAGUGAAUUUGAACAACAUGUUGUGCCCAGCCGUCUCAGAUCCUUUUUAUGGGCCCUGGUAUCGAAUCUGGGCAUCUGGACAUCAGACUGUCAUGACCAUGACUCAUGGGAAGCUUGUAAUCCUACUGUUUUACAGCGCUGUCCCCAUCUUUAAAUGUAGCAUGGACUUCCUUAGACUCCCAGCUAAGAAAAUAGACUGAAGUUUCUCCCCACGGAGUAACACAUACAGGAAGCAGAGAUACUUAUACUGGAAAACAAAGAGGAGGGAUGAGAGGACAAUGUGUUUAUACUUCUCCCCGCAGUUUAUUGCCUCAAAAACACCUCUAUAAUCAAGUGAGGUUUUUUUUUAACUGCUGUUUCUCACUGCCUAUUGCCAACGGCAACAUCAGUGGCCUUAUUCUGGAAAAGGUUUGUGUUUUAUACAUUUUGUGUAGAUUACAGUAGAAUCUUGCUAAGACACUGUUUAAAAUUAGGCCAGGAUCUGUCCACAUUCCAGCAAAGAGAGUGGCAGUGCUACCUCGUUUUGACUUAUUUUCCAUUAAAUAUAAGUACACUUAUAUCAUAGGAUAGGAAAUAAAGCUGAAUUACAACA